GCUCAUUAACUACUGUUAUAUUAGACAAUCCAUGUUUUCUGAGCUGUUCCUGAGCUGUCUCGUUGGAGAUUUUAGCUUCCCAGAGGCUGAUAGUCUGCAGACUGUUCUUAAUAGGAGAUUUCUUGAUGGCUUUGAUUAUUCUUUCAAAUCUGUCUGGUCUUUCAUCCCAAUUCAUGGAAAACUCACAGUAGCUAAAGUCAAAGCAGAUGUACUUCAAGCUAGUAGGAACACUACUGAAAUCCAUGCCAUCCUUAGUAUGAAGCUUACAGCUUCUAAAGAUCAUCCUCUCUGUUUCUGUGGCACUUUUCAUUACCUUCUCCAAAUCUUUUGGCUGAAACUCUGUCUGACAGAAAUAAGCUUCUCUCGAGAUCAGGGGGAGGCAUUUGACCAAUCCUGGAAUAAUUUUGGAACCAUUGAAGCACAUAACAUGGCCAAAGUUAAAACAAAGAUUUUCAAUAGGUUUGUUGAUGCAACUAAGUAAGAAUCCAUUGAGGGUAUCAAGAUUCUCGUUUCUGAUGCCAAAAAUUUUUACUCUUUGAAGCUCAGGAACUUGGGCAUUAGACUUCACAAAGCUCUCCAAAGUAGUAAGGUUCUCUUCGUGAUUAAUAUCUAAAUCUAAUUUUGAUUUAGCAAUGAUCUCUCUUGACUCUUCAAAUGAGGUUUGGAGUUCUUCAAGCUUUGAGUUAGCUUCUAUUAGUUUACUCUCUGAGUCUUUCUUCUCAUCCUCAGAGUGAUCAAGGGCUUCUUGGAGAUCAGUUAAUCUUUUCUCAAGCUCAGAUACAUUGCCUUCUUUUAUAUCAAGCCUUUCUAGUAGAUCCUUAAUGUAAUUAUCAGCAGCUCUCUGGCUUUGCUCUUUCGAAGAGCCAUCCUUCUGUUCUUCAACGAGAGAUGGGAUUUUAGUAUCAGUUUUAGUUUCCAUUUA